AUGGCCCAUAUUAAAACAAAGGACCCAUUUGGCUUUGUGGGUUCCCAUAUCGUACGUCGACAGCCACGAACGGGCGUGGAAGAGCAUGGAUGGCUUACACGUUAUGAUGAAUCUCUUGACUGUUAUACAUUGUUUGUACCUGGUACAAAAGAAGAACCUCGUUUACUUGCUCGAGGAGAAGUAUUGAAAUACCUUUCAGCCCCUAAUAUUGAAUUUCAUGAUGACGAUGAGAAGGAUUUUCCACCACCGGUUCAAGAUACGACGACAAGUCGCUAUGUUGGUGUAAAAGUAUGUCGAGAAUAUUUACAAGACAAAUACGCACGGGAUAAUAAAAGUACGAUACAGGAAAAGGUCCAGGGGCAAGUAAAAUGUUUCUUACCAUUUGCUGAUCGAUACAUUGUCGAGUAUGAAGAUGGAACAAUGGAAGAAGUGUCGGAAUCGACUGUUAUUAAUGGUAUGAUUGCAUUGAUCAAGUCAUUCUUUAGGUUGUCACUGGAUCGGACACAGAAACAAAAAAGAAAAAUUAAUGAUGACGAUGAUGAGCUUGAAUUUGUUCGGCGGAAACGACAACGGAGUACGAUUAUUACUGGUGACUCACGUGUCGAGGAGAUUUCGUCUGGGUCUAUCAUAGUGAUUGAGGAUGUGGCUGACGAGCAACAAGAUGAUGAGGUUGUUUUCGUUGAUCAAAUGAAGAUGAAAGCUGAUGUAGAUAAGGAGACGGAGCUCACGCCGAAGAGUUUGGAAACGAGGAGUAGCACAUUGGACAGUACUGUACGAGAAAACUCGCUAGAGAUGGCGAGUCAUCCAGCAGAAGAACUCAUGCUGAUUGGUAAAGAUCAUGUGGCUGGUCAGGAUGAUAGUGUGAAGAUCGAGGAGCGCCAUGAUGAACCAGAUUGUAAGAAGCCCGCAAUUGAUACAACACUGGCAGAUACAGCACAGCCUGAGACACCAAAAAAAGUGCCGUUCUAUAUUGUUAAUACGAAGCCACAUGUAGCCACAAAACCAUUCCCGAAACGCGCCAUGGCAUUUGAGCUCCUACGGGCUUCGCUGAUAAAUCUACUGGAUCGUCGUGAAGCUAGUGUCGUGAAGAUCGCUCGGCAGUACGACUUGCUACGCAACCCUGAUAUGCGAGACCGCGAUGCCGUGAUCCGAUUCAUGGACGCUGACGGAUUGUUUGUGCUGAAUCAUUUGCUGAGCUCGUUUGCGACUGGAGUUCUUGACGAUAGUGAAAGCAAAGAGGACGGUGUUGAUAACUCGCCAGAAAAGAUUCGAGAGCGGAUGGAGCGUGACGAUGAAUUGCUUCACGUGUUAAAACUUGUGGCUAUGCUUCCAACACCUUCGCGAAACCAAGUCGUUGCGUCAAAAAUUGGUAAGACUAUCAAUUAUUUGAGCAAACCGCAGGGACCCCCAGGGCGCCAAAAUGCUCUGCCAAAAUGCAUCACAGCGCUGGCGAAAUGGAUCAAGACUUCAUGGAUCAAGAAUAUAUCUCCAGCUUCAAAGUCUGCACCUAAGGCAUCUGCCUGCACCCAAGGCAUCACCCGACAGCUACUUAAUCGGCCUCAGCAACAAGCUAGGCGAGGUGGGCACGGUGGGUCUUCUGGGCAUCGAAGUCUCCAGUUGAACCGACGGCAGCCGCCGCCAUCACAGCGACUGCAACGUCAGGUCUCAUCAGCUCCUGCGUUGCCGAACGAGGACCACGCAUCGCAAGACAACAUACCGAUCCCUAGGCGGUCAUGUCCAAGGCAGGUCGCACAACCACAGCAACCUGUAGCUGCAUCUGCUCUAUCCCAUUUACCAGUUUCACGUCGUGUCCGAGGUAGUUUGAAACCGGACUGGAUCAGAAAGAAGGAGAAUCUUUCUCGUUCUCGCUUUUGCAUCGUUGACAACGCAAACGUCGAUACAAGGCUCUAUAGAAGCAGCCAAGCCCAUCCUAUCACCAACGCGAUGACCCCAUCGUCUCAAGCGCCUACACAACAGCAUAAACAUCCGGACCAGCACGAAGACGCCGGUGGUCCAGAUGGAGUAUUCGGAAGAGCUCAAAGGCUUCGCUUUGGCAAACGGUGGAGCAUUCAAGAAUUCGGGAGUAGGGAUCCCCCUGGCACGCUGAAGCAACGCCCGGGAUCUUUGUACUCGGCGCCUCCUUACGGUCGUUCGCAAGAUUCAGACCAGCAGUUAGUGCAUGUGCCUCCUGUGCCGCAUUCGUCUCGUCAGCCACGACCUAUCCUGCAGCGUGUCAGUCGAUACAAUGAUGAGCCUGCCAUUGAUGGUUUAGGCAGGUGA